CCCUGAGGCACAGCUGGGAAACUAACAACCCUUGAGUGAGUGAUUUCAGGAUGUCUUAGUCUUAUCAAUGCCGACUUUGGAAAACGUACGCGCCUUGACUCACACACCCUGGGCUCCGGAAGCUGCCUCGGAGAAAGCAUCUCUCCAGGUGCGCCACAGGUGUCUAUAACCUCCUCCAUCUGCCCUCCCACAAAACACACAAUACGCUGCCCAAGCAGGUAUGUUUCAGGCAUUUCCACUUCUAGACACCCCCAAAGAAACGCUCCCGAGGACCCUGGGCCGUCUCUGCCCAGCAGGGACAUCCCAGGCGUCCUGGCGCGGACGUGGGUUGGUCCACAGAGAUGCGCGGUCCCCAAACCCGCGGGGCCAAGCUCUCGACUCUGUCCUGGCAGAGGAGCUCCGGGGAAGCCAGCGAGACCGUCGGGGGCGGGGGGCAGCGCUAAGCUUCGCUGGACGUUAAAUCCUAGGAGGCGCAGAACUUUCAAGUCCCCCAAACUGCUGAGCGAACCAGGCUGAGGCGCUGCGACAGCUAAGGUCCGGGAGGCGGCUGAAAGCAGAGUGGCGGGAGCGGCCGCGAGGCCGCCAACUCGUGCGGAGGGAAGAGGAGUAAAGGCACUCACCUCCACCCAUCUCUGGGCCUCGGCGAACGCGAGGGCGCAGUCGGCCUCCGCCUCCUCCAUCACUUCCAGAACUAGGGGGAGAGGGGGAGAGAGAGACAUAGUGGGUGUGCGGAAAGGCGGGAGUGCCGCGCGCGUCCGGCCCGCUGCUCCGGCCUCUCUCCGGCUGCAAGACGCCCGGGCUCUCUGACCCUUUGUUGCGCCCUGCAGUUUGGUAAAGUUUCGAACCCACGAGAACUUGAAGCCGGGGCUUUCUCUAAACUCCUGAAAACGCCGCGGAGACCCAGGCAGAGCGCGGGAGGCGGAGAGGGCUACCAGAGGCGGCGCGCGGCACCGGCCCCGAGGACUGUUUGGACUUCAAAAGUGGCUGCGCGGCCGCCGCCCUCCCGGAAUGCCCCGCCCCGCGCACCCCCGCCGCCCACCCCCGGCCGCCCAGCCGCCGCUUCCGUCCUCCCCACCCUACCCGCAGCCGCGCUCGGGGGCUCCCGGCCGCAGCGGCCUUUGUGGUCGGACAGUCUGGCGCAGGGGAUGCCACCGUCCGCCAGGAGGCCGUGGCCCGGGCCACGCACCCGCUCCCGCGCCGCCCGCCGGACCGCGGCCCCGCCCGGAGGAGAUGUGCCCCCGCGCCCGCAUCCUGUCUGCAUCCUUCCCGCCUCCGGCCGCCUGGCCGCCUUCCCUCUGCCGGGGCCCCGGGAAGCGGCGCCCUCAGGGCUCGCGGCCGCCCGGCCCGCCUGACAUACCAGGAAUAGCUGCUCACAACUGCACCUUUCCCAGCCAAGAAACGUCCCCCGCGGUGGAGCGCGGCCCGGCCCGCCGCCCUCACCUGCGGCCCGACUUCGCAGCGCGCCGCUCCCUCUCCGGCGGAGUUCGCUGCGCGCCCGCCCCGCCGCCAGAAAUCAGAUCUCCGGAAAGGAACCUGCUCGUCUGUCUAGGCUCCCUGGAAUCUCGCUUCAUGCUCCUGAAGCCCUAUCCGGGCCACACGUUGAUGUUGUCACUGUUGGAAGAAGAUAAAGAUCGGUUCUUACUCCGGUAAAGGAAGCCAUCCCUUUUUUUUUUUUUUUUCCUGGUUGAUCCUCUUUUUGAUGCAAAACGACGUUAAAGAGCAGAGAGACUAGUAUAAUGGAUAGCUAAAACCUAGUUUUGCCUUAUUUACCUCAUCACAUUUUCUGCUGAAAAUAUACAUAUUUCCCACUUAAAGAUAGAUAUUUCAGGGCUUCCCUGGUGGCGCAGUGGUUGGGAGCCCGCCUGCCAAUGCAGGGGACACGGGUUUGAGCCCUGGUCCGGGAAGAUCCCACAUGCCAUGGAGCAACUAAGCCCGUGUGCCACAACUACUGAAGCCCGCGCGCCUAGACCCUGUGCUCCGCAACAAGAGAAGCCACCACAAUGAGAAGCCUGUGCACCGUAACCAAGAGUAGCCCCCGCUCGCCACAACUAGAGAAAGCCCGCGCGCGGCAAAGAAGACCCAACGCAGACAAAAAUAAAUAAAUAAAAUAAAUUUUUUAAAAAAUAGAUAUUUCCUCUCUACAUCUCGUUCUUGAAAGAACGCUUUUCUACAUAACCAUAUUACCAUUUUCACACCUAACUAAAGCUAACCUUAAUUACUUGGUAUUAAUAUAUGCCCAGUCCAGAUUCAGAUUCCUCCAAUGGAUUCCAAAAUGUCUUUUACAGCUGACUUAGACCAGAACUCAAACAAUAACCACACAUUGCAUUCGGUUACCUCUUUUUUUUUUUUUUAGCCUAGAAUAGCCUCCUCCUUCUCUCCCACUCUACCCCCUCCCCGUUUUUAGAAUGACAUUAUCUUCUUAAAAAGAAACUAGGCAGACUUCUAGAUUUGUCUUAUGGCUUCUCUGUGGUGUCUUCAACAUAGUUCUCUUCCCUCACUAUUUCCUGUUACCUAGAAGUUAGAUCUAAAGGCUAGAUUAAACUCAUUUACACUUCUGAAUAAAGAUUUCACCAGCAUCUUUCCCGAUUGGGGUGACUUCUAGAGGAAUUUGUUAUGUUUAUUUCCAUCCAACCCUUUUUUCACUGGCGUUGUCUGUAAUCAGUGGGUCUGUUUAGAAGAGCUCACAGUUGUUCCUGCUAAAGUGGGAAACCGUUGACUGGAUCAUCUCUUUGCCUCCUGAUGACACCAUGAUCAGGACAAACCCAAAAUGAGGAUGAAAGGAUAAACGAAACUAGGAAGAAAUUUCUUUCUGGCUAUUCAAGACCUGUUCUAUUAAAUAUUUAGUGAGCACAUUGUAUGUGUAAUGUGCUGGGUAUCAUAAGUGUUACAAAAAUUUUUAAAUUUUAGACAGUGAAUCCUAUGGACUGCCAACCCAGUAGAAAGACAGACAUUCUGCAAGCUUCAUGAGAGUUACUGUUACUACAGUUGUUAUAUAUAUAUAUAUAUAUAUAUAUAUAUAUAUAUAUAUAUAUACUA